AUGGAAAGUCCACGAAACAUCACCGAAUUUUUCAUGCUGGGACUCUCACAGAACCCAGAGGUACAGAGAGUUUUAUUUGUGCUCUUUUUCAUUGUCUAUCUGGUCUCUGUCGGAGGCAACUUACUUAUUAUGAUCACCAUUGUCUUCAGCUCUGCCUUGGGUUCCCCAAUGUACUUUUUCCUCUCAUAUUUGUCUUUCAUCGAUACUUGCUAUUCCUCAUGCAUGACCCCCAAACUCAUCGCUGACUCUUUAUAUGAGGGGAGAGCCAUUUCCUUUGAGGGCUGCCUGGCUCAGUUCUUUGUUGCCCAUUUAUUGGGAGGAACUGAGAUCAUCCUGCUCACAGUGAUGGCCUACGACCGCUACGUGGCCAUCUGCAAGCCCCUGCACUACACAACCAUCAUGACCAGGCAUCUCUGUGCCAUACUGGUGGGGGUGGCAUGGCUGGGGGGCUUCUUGCAUUCAUUGGUUCAGCUCUUCCUGGUUCUUCAGUUGCCCUUCUGUGGGCCCAAUGUGAUCAACCACUUUGUCUGCGACUUGUACCCCUUGCUGGAACUCGCCUGCAUGGACACAUAUGUCAUUGGUCUGCUGGUGGUGGCCAACAGUGGAGUGAUCUGCCUGUUGAACUUCCUCAUGCUGGCUGCCUCCUACAUUGUCAUCCUGCGCUCCCUGAGGUCCCACAGUGCAGAGGGGAGACGCAAGGCCCUCUCUACCUGUGGGGCUCACUUUACUGUUGUUGCCCUCUUCUUUCUGCCCUGCAUAUUUAUUUACAUGCGACCAUCGUCUACUUUGUCCAUGGACAAAAUAGUGGCUGUGUUUUAUUGUAUUUUGACACCUAUGUUCAACCCUCUGAUUUAUACUUUGAGAAAUGCAGAGGUGAAAAAUGCCAUGAAGAAUCUCUGGAAAAAAUGA